GGGUAAUAGUUACCCAGGUCCGACCCGAAUUGAUACAAUGAGAAACUAGUACUGGAAACACUCACUCAAAAGCUGAAGCUUGAAAAUUGGGGAUUUUGAGAAGUCAAUUGAAAUGGGUGAAGUUUUACUUGAACUUGAACAGGUCCUUCGUUCCAAGAAGUUAACAAGUGAAGAAGCGAAUGUGCUCAUGGCAUGCAAGACUGAUGCUAUUAGAGGUUUUACUAUUGGUGCAGGCGCUUCUGGUGGUGUUGUUUGGUUAGCCACAAGAAGGCUUGGUCAUAUACUUCGCACAAACAUUGUAGGAGGAAUUGCUAUAUUCUCUGGACUGUAUAAUUUUGGGAAAGCACUUGAUUCAUGCGUAGACCAUAUCCUAAACCAGAAGGGAAGUCGAAUGCAACAAGAGUUAGCAAAUAUAAUGGUGAGGAAGUAUCAGGAUGAUCAGCCAAUGAUGCAGCGUAUCUCUAAGCAUUUUUACCCUGAGAAUGUUUUUGAUGAUUCAAGCGUAGACCAGCCAAAGUUAAGAUGGCGUUAUCGGAACUUUUUUGUUGAGGAAGGUCCUCAGUCCGAGUAUAAAUGGGAUGAUUCGUAUAAUGAGAAAACUGAUUUGAAGCCUGAGAAAAAUGAUGUGAAAUCGGAGCCCACCUAUGUGAACAGUGAAGUUGAAGCAACAUUAGACCCUUUCGAUACUGUUUUUGGGAUCCCGCGUACAGUUGACGAGGUAAAUCACCAAGCCUCCACCGUGGUGCCUAACAGACAUAGUCGGAGUCAUAAAAGAUCCAAACGCAGGCAACGGAUUCUCAAAAGGGAAGCUUCCUUGAAUGCGCAACACGCUUUAGCGAAUUUGAAUAUUUAGUAUUGCCUAUUAUUCUAAAACAAACCGUUUCUAGACGCGGUGGUAGAUAUUGCAAUCAAGCACCAUUGAAAUUUGGUGAUACUGAUGCAAUCUUGUUGCAUAACAACCGUAUGAAAAGCUUCGUGUAAAGGCUUCCCCUAGAAAUUUCCUAUGAGAUGCACCUGUGAACCCUCUUAAGAUAUUGAAAUCCAAUGGCACCAUUUUAUUUGUUGUUA